AUGAAUCCAGAUCCUCAUGUUAGCUUGAAGCAGAAUCUGACAUGGCGUUUCCCAGUUGAAGUUGGCUUUCUUUACCUUGUAAGACUUCAUUUUUGUGAAACUCAACUGGAGGUGACGGAAUCGAACCAAAGGGUAUUUUUCAUCUUCCUCAACGAAAUGAUUGCCGAGGAAGAAAUGGAUGUUAUUUUUCUCAGCGGUGGUUCCAAAAUUUCUCUUUACAGAGACUACCUCGUCUCGGUCCAAGAUCAAACACAUGGUAGGCUGGCCAAUCUAACACUCCAAUUGCACCCUAACAUGAAAAACAAACCAAAGUACGCCAACGCAAUUUUGAACGGCGUGGAAAUAUUCAAGUUGAACAAAUCCGAUGGUAGUCUAGCUGGGCCAAAUCCUGAAGCACCAGUAGUUAACACAAAUCCAAAACCAUGGUUACCAGAGAAGAAAAACAAUAAAGGGUCAUGGCCGAUUAAAGCUGUUAUCACGGCUGGAGCGGUGGUUACUACUUUCCUACUCGCUCUUUCAGUGAUAUGGUUCCUCGUCAAACUAAGAAGAAAACAGACGGUCCCACUAACAAUUUCGACGGUAACCUCACUUCCAUCCGAUAUUUGUCGUCGCUUUUCUCUAGCCGAGAUCAGAGCGGCUACUAACAACUUUGAUCAUCAACGUAUCAUUGGACUUGGAGGAUUUGGUAACGUGUAUAAAGGAUACAUUGAUGAUCAGACUACCAAAGUAGCAAUAAAACGGCUAAAAUCGAUGUCGAAACAAGGGGCCCAGGAGUUCAGGACCGAGAUUGAGAUGCUCUCAAAGCUACGACAUGUUAAUCUCGUGUCUUUGAUUGGUUACUGCGACGAUGAAAGUGAGAUGAUACUUGUUUACGAGUACAUGGCCCGCGGGACCCUCCGUGAUCACCUGUACCAAACUGAGAACCCUUCCCUUCCAUGGAAGCAACGCCUCCAGAUUUGUAUUGGUUCAGCCCGAGGGUUGCAUUACCUUCACACGGGUGCGAAGCACAUGAUCAUUCACCGUGACGUGAAAUCAACCAAUUUACUCCUAGACGAGAAAUGGAUGGCCAAGGUUUCGGAUUUCGGGUUGUGCAGGACGGGUCCCACAGAUUCGUUAAACAGCCACGUCUCCACCGGCGUGAAGGGUAGUUUUGGUUACUUGGAUCCGGAGUAUUGUCGGAGGCAGCAGUUGACUGAGAAAUCCGACGUGUACUCGUUUGGAGUGGUGCUAUUGGAAGUGCUCUGUAGCAGGCCUGCAUUGGGCCGAAGCCUACCCAAGGAGCAAGUGGGCUUAGCAAAUUGGGCCCUAACAUGCUAUCAAAAUGGGGCCGUUGAUCAGAUCGUGGACCCAAAACUGAUGGAGCAGAUUGCACCGGUUUGUUUGAAAAAAUUUGUAGGGAUCGCGGUGAGUUGCGUGGAUAAUGAAGGAAUCAAACGGCCUUCAAUGGAGGAUGUGGUUGGGGGUCUCGAGUUUGCGCUGCAGCUACAAGAAACUGCUGAGAAGUGCAUCAAUGCUGAAGAUGAUCAGGUGCAGGCGAGCCCAUAUGAGGAACGUGUGAGCGAGUUGUUCGGUGAUUCAAGCAAAAGCAAGUCGGAUCAAGGGUGGAGUAUUGGGACUUCAACAGAUACUAGUAAUGUUGAUGGCGGGAGUUCGAUGAGUGCAGGUAAUUUGAUGUCUGGGUCUGAGUCCGUGUUCUCUGUCGUCGAGACCCAGGAAGGACGGUGAGUAACUAUAUAUAUAUAUAUAUACAUAGCUAUUUCAAAAGUUGAGUUGUGCUGUUCCUGUUCCUGUUUCUAUUCCUUUUCCUUAUGUCAGGUUAAUGUUUUGAUCUAUGAAAUUAAUUGGAAAAUUGUGAAAAUGUUCUUUAUUUCAAAUUCCAAGAUAUCUAUAUGCAUAUUAAUUUAAUUUAGUAUGUUGUGUUUCUGAAACAAAUAAAUACUUGGGUCCAUUGAACAUUUGUAACGUGCCUAAUUGUUACUAAAGGCCCAUAUUCUAGAAAAUGGGUAAAAAGAUCUAAUUUUAGAAUUGCGUAUAUGGUAUAG